UACAACAAGGAUUUGUCAUGACACUGCAGAUUUAUGUCCGAUUCCUUUCAUCAUGAAAGAUAAUGAUUCCGAGAUUGCUAUUGUUGGCAUAGGAUGUAAUUUCCCUGGAGGUGAGGGGCUUGAUAAUUUCUGGAAUGUCUUGCUUGAGGGAAAGAACUGUGCAGUGCCGAUACCAUUUGAAAGGUUUGACCAGAACGAGUGGUGUGAUCAAGAUGACAAUAAGGCAGGAAAGUCACGGACAGCAAAAGCUGCAUUUGCUGAUGGAUUCAAUGAGUUUGAUCAGAGAUUCUUUGGCAUCACCGAUGCUGAGAUGGAGCAGAUGGAUCCACAGCACAAGAUGCUUCUGCAGUGUACUUACAGGGCACUGGAGAAUGCUGGGAUGCCCAUGGAGAAGGCCACUGGGAGCAGAACAGGAGUUUUUCUGGGCCUGAUGAACCGAGACUAUGAACUCACCAUGGCUAAUGUCAAUCCUGUCAUCAUUAACCACUGCACUGGUACUGGUAUAGCCAUGAGUAUAGCCGCCAACAGAAUCUCCUAUACCUUCAACUUUACUGGACCUUCUUUAUCCAUUGACUGCGCCUGCUCCUCAUCACUUGUUGCCCUUCAUUUAGCCUGUCAAGCCAUGAGACAAGGAGACUGCGAUAUGGCUGUAUUUGGUGGUGUUAACUGCAUUUUUCAGCCAAGAGUAUUUGUCGCUCUAAGCAAGGCAAAGAUGAUCUCACCUGAUGGAACCAGCAAACCAUUCUCCAACACAGCAGAUGGCUAUGGCAGAGGAGAAGGUUGUGGUGUCAUUCUGCUGAAGCCUCUGGAAAAAGCUCUACAAGACCAUGACCAUAUUUGGGGCAUUGUAUGCAAAACAGCAGUAAAUCAAGAUGGCCACACUGUCACUCCAAUCACGAAGCCAUCUAUGGUCCAGCAGGAGGAGCUGCUCAACAGAAUCUAUUCUACAGGCACCUACCUGUCUGAUAUCCAGUAUGUAGAGGCUCAUGGGACUGGGACUCCAGUGGGAGAUUCAGUAGAAGCAGACAGCAUCUCUAAAGUCAUUGCCAAGGCACGACCCUCAGAGGUAGGGCCACUCCCUAUUGGCUCAGUUAAGAGUAACAUUGGACACACAGAAUCUGCAGCAGGAGUGGCAGGACUAAUUAAAGUACUUCUGAUGAUGAAGCAUGAAACCAUUGUACCUUCAGUGUUCUACUCAGAGGAAAAUUCUAGCAUAGAUGUUCAAGCUCUCAAUCUAAAAAUUCCCACCAAAGCUGAGAAAUGGGUCCUCAGCAGAGGUUCAGUGAGAGUUGCUGGGAUAAAUAACUUUGGAUUUGGAGGCACAAAUGCACAUGCAGUUGUAAAGCAAUAUCUUCAGACAAAAUCACCAAAAAAAGCUGUCAAGAAACAACACAAUUUUCUUGUACUUUCUGCAGCAUCAGAGAAAUCAUUGACAAUGAUGAUAGAAGACACUGUAGAAAAUAUCAAUGCAAAGAAUAUAACAGAUCUACAAAGCCUGGCAUAUACUUCUGGCUGUAGGAGGAGUCACUGGAAACAUAAAUACAGGAAAGCAUUUCACAUAUUAUCUUUGACUGAUUUGAAAGAGAAACUUAUGCAUGUUCAAGACAAAAAGAGUGUCCCAGCAAAGCAACAUCCAAGAUUAGUGUUUGUGUUUUGUGGAAAUGGUGUUACUUACAGAGGUAUGUGCAAACAGCUCCUAAAAGAGGAAUCUAUUUUCAGGGAGAAGGUGAGAGAGAUUGAGGAUCUUUUCCAAAAAUACAUGAAAACUGGGCUAGUAGAGACACUGGAGAGUGAGUCUGAACCUGAAGUUGGUUUCUCAAAACCAGAAAUUAUUCAGCCUCUCCUCUUUGCCAUACAAGUCGCCAUUGCUAAUCUACUAAUGCACUGGGGGAUUAGACCAGAUGCUGUUCUUGGACAUUCUGUUGGAGAGGUUGCAGCAGCUCAUUGCUCUGGUCUGUUGUCACUUGAGGAUGCAGUAAAGGUGAUCUACUAUCGCAGUAGUUCGCAGAGUAGAGUAACUGGAGGGAAAAUGCUAGUUGUAAGCAACAUGCCUGUAUCAGAUGUGUUGAAAAUCCUCCCUUCUUACUCUGGGAGGAUUUGCUUGGCAGCACAAAACAGCCCUCAGUCAUGCACACUUUCAGGAGAUGAAGAUGCUAUUACUCAUUUGCACAAGAGCUUGAGCAAUUCACACGACGGCAAAAAUUUGUUCCUGCAUGUUUUGGAUGUGCCUGCUGCUUAUCAUAGUCAUAUGAUGGAUCCUAUCGUGGAAGAAGUAGAGAAUAGUAUAGGCCAAUUGCAUGCGCAGAACAUGAAAACAGAAUUAUUCUCAACAGUGUCAGGAGACAAGGUGUGCCCAACUGAUUUUGUUAAUGGUAAAUACUGGGCAAGAAACAUCCGAGAACCAGUUGCUUUUGAACAAGCGCUAAAAUCAGUGAAACAGACCAAGAAUGCAAUAUUCGUUGAGAUUGGCCCCAGAAGGGCUUUGCAGAGAAACAUCAUUGAGACUCUAGGGAGUGACACAGUGGUGCUCUCCUCAGUGCAGCCAGAUAAAGAUGUUGAGACAAUGCUGACAGUUGUAUCCAAACUGUUUGAAGUGGGAGUCAAUAUAGAUUGGGACCAGUUCUACAAAGGCUGUGAGAUGGAACCAAUUCCUUUUCCAAGGUAUCAGUUUGACAGUGUGAGGAAAGAUGUACUUACUGAAGCAACCCUCUCUGGUGACAGUAGCAUCCAUCCUGUAAUUACACAGUUAAGUAAAAAUGGCUUGGAUUUCAGCUGUGACCUCUCCUCUGGGGCACUAUCCUAUCUUUAUGAUCAUAAACACCAAGGUGUUGCCAUUGUCCCUGGGGCAUUUUACGUUGAAUUAGGCUUAGCAGCUGUCAUGACAAGUGUAAAACCAAAAAUGCCUCUCAACUCUCUGCAGCUCAGUAUAAAGUUUCACACUCCAUGUGUUUUGUCACAGAAUACACCCGAUGUGAAAGUACGAUUGGAUCCAACUGAAAGUACAGCAGGGCAUAACUUUCAGUUCAAGGUGCACUCUUUGUCAGUAAACUAUGCAUCAGGGAAAGUUGAGUUAACACAGGCAACAGUGCCUGAAGAGUCAUAUAUUUCACUGAACUGUAUCUCUAAAAGAUGCCAGUCUGUUGUGAGUUCUGAAGAGUUCUAUAAGAACCUAUCUUUGGGUGGAUUUCAGUAUGGUCCCGUUUUCAAAAACAAGGGAAAUGUUUAUUAUGGAGAGGAACUUGGAGAAACAUACUCAAUUGUUACUGUUCCUGAUGAAAUAUUGCCCCAACUGCAUGACUACUACAUUCAUCCUGUAGUCUUAGACUAUCUCAUGCAACUUGUUCCUGUCACAGGAACAUAUCAUUUCUUGGGAAUGCCAGGAUUUCCUUCACAAAUAGGCAGCCUAACUGUAUUUGAACCAUUGCAGAAGGAGAUGGUUGUGUAUUUGAGAGCAACACAUAAGGGAAAUGAGGAACUUAUCAUUUGUGGUUGUUUUGCUGACAAAGAUGGCAGGGUUUUGGUUGAACUCAAGAAUGUAAUCAUUACCUACCUAGGGAAUCGCUCUCGUGUUGCAGAGGAGUAUUUUUAUCACAACAGUUACAGCGUUGUUUCAGAGAAUGACAACUUCUCAACACCGAAAUCAAUGGUUUUUGCUGAUCAGUUAGGAAUUUCUACAGGCCUACAACAAUACUUAGACCCAGCGUCAAAAUACAUUUCCUCCACACAUACCAAAGUACUGACAGAACAUGGAUUUGAAGUUUUUCUGUCUGACCUGAACAUCCAAAACGUCAAUACAAAUUUUCAGGAAGUGUUGUUCAUGUGGGGUGAUGCAAGUUUAAACUCACACAAAACAGAGAAUGUGUUAGAAUGCAUGGCAAGUUGUUGUGAGAUUUUCCGGAAAAUUGUUGCAGGCCUUAAGUCAAUGCAUUUCCAAAACUCCAUCAGAGUAGUAACCUACCGGUCUUCAGGAGGAGCAGUAGACCACAUCAAUCCUGGUUUUGUACUGUCUGGAAUGACAAGAGCAUGUGCAGCUGAAUUAUCAGACCUCUCCUUUCAGUUGAUAGACAUUGAUUCUACUAAAGACAUUAAAGCCUUGGCUGAGAUCAUCAGAUCAUACCCUUGCAGCAAAUACCCAGAGCUAGUCAUAAAAAAUGGCCAGAUUCUUAAGCCUCAGAUUAUUCACACACCCAUUUUAGAGGGCUCACAUCAAAGUGUCCACAAAUCACAGUGUGAAAGCUUUAUCUUGCAAACCUCUGAUCCCUACAGAGCAACAAGCCUUUCAGCAGUUGUUUCUGAUGAAUGUACUGAACCUAUUCAAGGGAAAAAUGUGGAGGUCCAGCUCUGUAAAAUAUGCAUGCACUCCUCAGACUAUUUUCCAGUGAGUGUGUCUGACCUUAAAUUUGGUCAGACACUAUACUGGAAUAAACAUACCUCCCAGAACCACAAACUUUUAGCGCUUGACUUCAGCGGAAUUGUCACAGCUGUGGGAAAAGAUGUGAAAGAACUGAAAGUGGGAGACCAUAUAGUUUCCUGCUACCCUGUUGCUGCCUGUAGCAAAGUUGUUAUUCCAGCAGAUGCAUGCUACAAAACAAAGAGACUUCCAUUUUUGAAGGACACUCCCUGUGUAUCUUACAUUAUACUUGCUUGGGAGAUCUUACACUGUGCCCUACCUAAGGCCAGACACCAGAAGUUAGGCAUUUUCUCUGCUAUCCCAGACUCAGUUCUGGUAAAAGUCUUAACUCUCACCGCAGUCAAAUCAGGUUGGAGUGUCACUGUGGCCAAAAACACUGAUCAACUGUCUCAUGAUUUCAGUGAGAUGGCAGGAAUUGUGCUUCUGCCUCCAUAUGAUGAAACUGUCAUUACAAAAGCAAGUCAAAUUACAUGUGUUAGAGACAUUAUUCUUGUUGCUGACAAUCAGCCAAACACAUGUGUCAGUCAGCUUGCUUUUAGAGGUCAAAAUAAUGAGGUUCAUAUGAAAAUCCUUUUUACAUCAAGCCUCAUGCAAAAGCAGUCAAUUAGAGCACGGAAAUUGCACGUGUUUCACUGGCUAAAAAACAUGCAUUUGGAGAGAAGAUAUGCGGCUUUUGAAAAAAACACCUUUCAGAAUUCAAAAAGAGAAAACAUUGAUUGCUUGACCUCAGAAUCAUACUUCAGGUGUCAGACCAUGCCAGUGGUGGUCUUGAGUCAUGACACCAAGGAUAAACCUUCAGAUAUCCCACUGAUACCAAAAGCCAAAAAGCUGUUCCAGAAGCAUUCUGUGUACAUUGUGACAGGUGGUCUAUCAGGACUUGGCUUUCAGACUGUGAAGUUCAUUGCUCAGAGAGGUGGAGGGAAUAUUGUUAUCCUGUCUAGGAGUGGUGCAAAUGAUCAGAUAGAACAGGAGAUAAAUAAUGUAAAAAAUCAGUGUCAGUGUUUAAUCACAAGAUUACAAUGUGAUGUUUCAGUCUCAGAGCAAGUUCACCAAGCAGUUGCCCAGAUCAGUAAACUGUUCCCAACCAAUCCAAUCAAAGGAGUGUUCCACAGUGCAGUAAUCCUUCAUGAUGGACUAAUUGAAAGCCUAAACAAAUCCCUCUAUGAGAAAGUCAUGAGGCCGAAAGUGAAUGGUGUAAUUAACCUUCACUAUGCCACCAAAGACUGUGAUCUGGAUUAUUUUGUGUGCUACUCCUCCAUCUCAGCCUUCCUUGGCAAUGCUUCACAGACAAACUAUGCUUCUGCCAACUCAUUUAUGGAUGCCUUCUGCCAGUACCGCAGAAACAUGGGACUUCCUGGGCAGGCAAUUAACUGGGGAGCUUUAAAUUUGGGUCUCCUGUUAAACCAACACCAUUUCCAAAGAUUUCUGGAGUCAAAAGGAAUGAUGAUCCUGGAAGUGACAGAAAUUCAUGAUCUUGAGCAGUGCCUUGUAAUCAACAAACCUCAACAGGUUGUGUGCAAAUUCCAUUUCAAGAACAUUAGAUAUAAUGUUCUGUCUCAAAACAAAUCCCUCACCAUGCGGUUAUCAGCACUGGUAGAGGAAGAGCUCAAAAAGGCUAAAAUGAUCAACUCAAAACUUGAACAGACUAACACAGUCGCUUCACCUAAUGAAUAUAUCAAAUCAUUGAUAAGUGAAAAUAUUCACAUUGAGCAAGAUGAGCUGAGUGAUGAUAUUCAUCUGUCAUCACUGGGCAUUGAUUCCAUGUUAGCCAUGACACUGCAGAACCUCAUCUUCCAAGAUAAAGGAGUGAAUGUGCCUCUGGUAAUACUCCUUGAUCCAGAGAAGACACUGUCAGACUUGGUUAAACUACUGGUGGAAACUGAAAAUGGGGGAAAUCAAGAGAGUAGCAAUGACCUCCUCCCUAUUCUGGAGAUGACAGGAUUCUAGUUUUCACAGAAGGUAGAUUUAUAUGAGCAAAUGUUGAUGUGCAGCUUACGGUUUCAAUUCUGAUGCUGGUAUUGGUGUCAUUUAUGCACCAGUCUGGAUUUGUAUUCAUUGGACAAUUAUCAAACUAUUGUGCAUAUACCUAACUAAUGUUAAUGUUUAUGUUGAUAUUGCAGUUAUGUUGGUAAAUGUUCUCUGCACAAUGCUGUGGCUGUAAUAUAUACUGUAUAUUUUGUGAUUAUGUUAUGAGCUGAUAUCAUUUUGUUAGCUAUACACUAGAAAAUUUUAUAUAGUUAUUUGCAGUUGGUAGCUAAUAGCUGGGUGUUGUAUAGCAAAAUAUACAUUUUCUAUACAUCGUCAAACCUUUUUGCUAUUUUUUUAAAAUUAUCUUUUGACUGAUGUGUAUUUUUCCAAAUAAUCUUAAAGCUGUGAAGCUGUGUCAGUCACAUCUCACAUACUACAUUUUAUUUAUUACUCUGUAGUUACUAAAUAAUUCAUAGCAGUCACUAAAUAAUAUGCAUUAAGAUUAAUAUCUGAACAAUAAGCCAGGAGUUUAAGGGGUUAACUCAACUAACUGAGAGGUUUGAGAGAGCCAGCUCCACAACUGUGAUAUUUUUCUCCAUAAAUUAUUCCUAGUUGGUCUUCAACAUGCUAAGUUGAUGAAAAUGGAAAGAAAAUGAAAACAAAGAACAUGAUUUAUUUAUUUACAUCAUUUAUUAAAAUGUUUUAAAUGGUAGGUAGGUGUAUUUAGCAGAAAUCCUUCAUCAGAAAUGAAAAUAUAGGGGAAAUAUAGGUCUCACCGCACCUAAUCUUUUUAUUAACAUAAUUUGACCAAACUGUUUCGCAUUUGACUAAACAGUGUUUAGUUAUAUUCAGUUAAAUUCAAUUACUCAUACAUUCAAUUAUGCUGAUUACACUUGUAACAGAAUUAAUUAUCUAUUUU